GAGGGUGGGACAUAAUGAGCUGUCAAGAACUGACAGCCUUAGCAAAGAGUCAAAGGCUGAAAAAUGCAAGGAGAGCCAUUCACCUCCUGAAGUAACCAGUUUGUUUCCCAAUGGGAUAAUUAUGUGGGAGGCAGACGAAGUUUGACUAUAACUUGGGAGACUUGAGCAGACGUCGCGCUCGGAAGGGAGACACCCGGGAUGAGAGGCAGCCCUUCCUUCCUUCCGUCCGACAGCAUGGAGUUCGGCUCGGCACUCUGGAUGCUGGCCUCCUACCUCGGCCUUACCGCCCUGUUCUUCCUGCUGGCCUGGGGAAUCUACUACGAUAUCACCCGGACGUACGUCCCCACGGACAUCCAGCAAUACGCCAAACUGCGCUUCUUCAAUUUCCUCUCGAAAUAUGCGGUCGGACUGGGAAUGGCGUAUGAGAGACUCGGCAUUUGCCAGAGGUAUACAGUCUGGAGGAUUAUGUUUAAUGGUAUACCGCUAUUAAAGAAGAGCUCGGCGUUGAUAAUCAAGGAUCUGCUUUUCGACGACGUUCCUGUGCGAGUGUAUUGGCCUAAAACAUCGUCUUCCGGGAACAGAAGAGGAAUGAUCUAUCUCCAUGGAGGCGUUGGUUUGUUCGGAAGCAUCAGUAUGUCCUGUGGUUAUCUAUUAGGCAUUUUUUAGAAGUGUACGGCUUUGUCCUUUAACACGAAUAUUUGUCCGUGAGCCAUCUGAAAAAAAAUUGUGUUGUUCACCUUCGAUUGGAUUCUCCCUACAACUUGGGACCCUUCUUUGGCCAUUUUUAGUUUCAUAGACAUUAGUUUGGAGAUAGUGACGUAUUGAACAAACACAACUAACAAAUAAAAUUGUCCUCAAAACAUUGGGAAAUGUUCUAUAUUGCACGAGUGAAACUUUUCCCAUAUUUUUAGGAUGGAACCAAUUAGGAAAUGACAUUUAUAACCCAGGAACAAAAAUUGUGUUACAGAGUGU